AAUUACUCAAGCGUUACAAGAAACUUUGUAACCAAAUCUGUUCACUAAAUUAGAUUGUCAAGGAGUUCUUGGGAUGCAAAGCGGAACAAUCGGUGACGGACAGAUAAGUGCUUCUUCCCAUUUUGACGCCAACCACGCCGCUAAGCAGGGCAGACUACACUUCCAAGCCACUGGAACAUUAAAAGGAGGUUGGUCAGCCGUCAGGAAUGAUGCUAAUCAGUGGCUUCAGGUUUAUUUGGGCUGCGAGUCCUUUGUAAUAACAGCAGUAGCAACGCAAGGAAGAAAUGGUUGUUGCCACCAGUGGGUUACUAAAUACAAUCUACAGUACAAUGACGAUAAGAAGAACUUUCAGUACUACAGAGAGCAAGGGGAAAGUAUAAAGAUUUUUGAUGGGAACACUAACCCGGACUCUGUUGUUUAUCAUGAAUUCAAUCCACCAAUCAAGGCACGAUAUAUCCGUUUCCGUCCAGUGGCUUGGAAAAAUCACGUGUCGAUGAGAGUGGAAGUGUAUGGUUGUUCUAAGGGUGAGGCAUUUACAUCCAACUUUAACAAUCGUUCGCGCUAUUCAAUAUCCUACUUAGAGCAUAAAAAAUAUUUCAAAGUACAGUAGACAUGUAUUUGAGUAAUUCGGAUGCUCCUUUCAGGCCUCUCUGCGCUGACCUGAUGGAAAGUAACGAAAGCUUGCAGGUUCAAAACGUGGAUGGUUUCUUUGCCCGUGGUCUCAUAUAAGAUGUAGUUUGACGAGGGCAAAUGAGACAAUAAAGAUGAUAACGUGGAAAUAACCACUGAUUCUAUACUUGGUGACAGGAUAUCGGCUGGCAACAGCCCUGGCUAGUAAAUAUUUAGAACUUCUCGUGUCAGCCACCGCACAGUCCAAAUUACAAAAUACAAACUUUCGUUCUCGAUUUACUAUAGACUUUAAGGAUAUGCAUUAGAAUACAUAACCCCAACAUUUUCCCAACGCAACAGCCCGCUUACGAUUUAGUACGUUUGGUUAGCACCUGGAACGUGAAUUCUGGCUAAUUCAGUUAGCAAUCUAACGUUGGACGGAUUAACGGCAACAAAAAAAACAACAGCAGCAAAGGAAGCAGGAAA